ACAAAUGACGUCAUAAAGGAAAACAUUGAGCUGUUUAUACGUCAGAGUAUAGCAAACAGGCUCAUAGAUGAGUAUCAAUUUUUAAUGUUGUGCAUACCUUUUUAGCUAGUCAUGCCGUGGUAUGAAUCUUGGUCCGAAAGCAUUAAAAAGCGAGCUUGUAGGUAUUUAUUGCAAAGAUAUCUCGGACAAUUCUUAGAAGAAAAACUGACCUUGGAUCAGCUGACUGUGGAUUUAUACAAUGGGACAGGCACAGUUUGUGAUGUCAGAUUGGAUGUGCAGGCACUCAAUGAACUGGGAGAGCAGCAGAACCUCCCAGUUGAAUUUGUUGAUGGCUUUGUGGAGCAAAUGUCUGUUUCAAUCCCAUGGUCAUCACUUCUCAGCAGUUCCAGCUAUGUAGAAGUUUCUGGCUUGGUUCUGACAAUUCAGCCAAAACAGCGUGCUGAUUCUGGUACGUCCAUGUUCGAAUCAAUGUGGAGCAGCAUGACAAGCAGCAUGCAGUUAGCUGAAGAAUGUCUGAAACAAGCGUCUCCAGAUGGAAAAAGUACAGACGAAGCUCAACCACUUGAAGGGCUGGAACUGUUUGCUCAGACAAUUGAUUCAAUACUGAGCCGUGUGAAAGUGAAGUUUCUUUCUACUGUUAUAAGACUUGAACAUGUUCCAAAAGAAAGCAGUUCUGGUGUGGCUCUUGAAAUUAGGAUCAAAAACAUGGACUACUGUGAUGAGGCAGGUACUGAUCCACCAACACCCCCAAUGGGUGACACCCAGCUGCAGCAAGCUAACAAGCUUUAUCAAGUUGCCGCCUUUACAACAAAGAAGUUUUAUUUGGAAGGUGUUUCAUUAUAUACAGAUGAAUUUCCCUCCCAAGCUAGGACAUUUUCUCGAUCUGUAAUGUCAUCGUCAACAGGUUCCACUCCAGAAUCCAAGAAUUCAGAUUACAAUUUUGGAACAGCCCCUGUCACACCAUCAUCAUCAUCUCCUGUGUCACCUCUGCAAACAAUUCCACCAGCUGUUGCUGCAGAUGACCACACUCAGCACAGAAAUCUGUCUGUGGAACCUGAUCCAGUACUUUUUGCUAAACUGGCAGGGCGGCAGGAAUUGCGUGUCAAACUUAAGCAAGCAGAAGGAGUACCUGGACCAAAAGUUGACCUGGAAUUGACUCUUGGUUCAUUGUCUUUAUUUAUAUCUCCAAGGCAAUUCCAUGUACUUCUGGAGCUGUUGCAUGGUCUGUCCACACCUGAUCUUGAAGACACCAGCAAUGUUGCACCUCGUUCUCGCUGUGUUGAGAAACCGAUGGAUCCAGCAGAUUUUCACCGUGUAGAGCAAGAACUACAACAACAGCUGCAUCCCCAGUCGUCCCUUGGCGACAAGGGGUUGCAACAUACACAAGGAUGGUCCACUGCGUCACUAGAUGACAGCGAUGAAGAAUUCUUGCCAAUGCGUGGAACAGCCAUGACUGAGAGUAUGCUGUCAGACGCUGGGAGUAUGGAUACAUCUCUCUCCUCUUCUGUGAGCAGUACAAGCAGUGCCAGCAAAUCCACUUCUGUCUCAUCCCCUACCAGAAGGCUGGCUGGAUUUGGUGGAUCACAUGGAACACAGAGUCCCUCUUUUCAGCAGAAUGUGUCAUCACGACCUAAGAAGAAAUCACAUAAGGGUUCAGUUACAUCCACACUGGAAUCUGACCCAUCAGCUGAAGUUAGUCACUUUCACAUUCGGAUGAGCAGCCUGGCAGUAGUUCUGUUGCACGAAGAUGUGCUGACCGUUUGUGUUGAUAGUGAUGGAAGCAUGUUAGCACGGUCUUCAGUGCAGCAGAUGAAAACUAUUGCCAAUGAUUUCUUCUCUGAACUUGGUCUCUUUGCUGUAUCUGGUUAUGGUCGCAAAGACUUUAAGGAGGCUCGGGAUGUUUUCCUGAAAGCAUGCCAGCUGAACCACAUCAGGCUUUUGGCGGCUCCUGUGAUAAUUGAAGGCAAUGAAAGAACAACAACACAAGCAAGUUCUGUGGCAGGUACCCUUACAACUGCAAGUCUUGAGGUUCUCGAGUGUCUUAUAGACAAGAAGACACCUUCACAAAGAGCAAAUGUGGAAUAUGUUGAGUUGUUGCGGUUUUUACGAUGCACUGAUGCAGAAGAAGGACAGAAUACUUUCCCACUUCAUUCUCAACCUGACUUGAAGUUAGUUUUCAAGUACACAGAGAAAGCAAUUAACCAUGGCCAGCUGAGGCACUAUACACAUCCACGUACUGAUCUCAAAUUCACACUUGAGAAAUGUGCAUCAGAGAUUGAUAUUUCAAUUGUGGAUCGUAUUACCGCCGUGCUGAACCCUCAGCCAUUGUGUCGUCGAAGUACGUCUAAAUAUGGAAUGGGAUCUGGUGCAGUUAAAGACCUAAUGACUCAACAGACAUGUUUUUAUCAGGCUGUUGAAAGUUCUUCACUAGCAGAUAGCAAAACAGAAAUAAAGGUGUCAUCAUCACUUUUAAAAAUGAAUUUAAGAUUUCCCACUCCUGAUCUUCGGCCUAUACAUGACAUGGAUCGUCCACCAUGGUGGAAACGCUCUGUGAGAAAGGAUAUUCUCAUAUUUGAGUUGGAGGAUGUAUCUUUCCACACAAUGAUCACUAGUCGUGAUCCAACUAUAAGAUAUGAAUUCCAGUGCAGAGAUGUGAAAGGUCUUUUCCAGGAGGCAGACACUGAUGUUUCUCUUCCUUUUCUCCGUGCCUCUUGUGAUGAUAGAAAUGGGAAUUCUUUGCCAGAUGGAGGAAAGGGAUUUGGUUGGCCAAGGAUUGUGAUUGCGGUAUAUCCUGUGAAUAGUCCUGGAGAUCUGGAUGACAUUGGAGAGAAUGAAGUGCUAGAGGAUUCAAUGCCUCAUUCUACAUUUGAACCUUUAGAAAAAGCAACAUCAAAAGAGCCAUCACCUUUUAGUUCCAAAAAAGUAAUUCACGAAAGUGACACACCACAUGGAAGAUCUGUUAACCAUGCAGAAGGAGAUGGUGAAGAAUUAGUUAUUCCAGGUGACAAACAUGAAAUGGCUGAGUUCAUUGAACAUGCUUCACGAAACUGCCGGGUGCAACUUGAGAUAAAUCUUCCGUGUGCCAGUAUGCAGAUUUCCUCAAAACACCUAUAUGAACUGAUAUACAACAGGAUUAACACAGAUAUGUUUCUGUGGGAGCCAUCUGCACCGAAACCUUCACAUACAGACUUGUAUUCUGGGAAAGGAUCAGGAGGUGCUGACUUGUCUUCAGCUUUGUUGCAAGAUCAGACUUAUCCUACUUUCAGUUUAUGCAAAUCUGGAAUUCAAUAUGAUUCUGACACAGAUUCAGAAGAAAAUGAGGGAAUAUAUUAUUCAGUAUACGAACAUCGCCAGAGACAGAAACGGCGUCAACAGACUGAGGGUGCAAGUCUUUCUGGACAGUCUCUUGUUGCUGUCACUCUGUCUGUUAGUCAGGGUAUACUGAAUGUCUUUGCACCUGUCAGGGAUUCCUCAGGGAAUGUUAUUCCUGGACAGCAUGGGGAGUUGGAAAUUCAUUUUGAAGAUGGCAAUAUGUUUUCUGUUUCUGGGUAUCGAGGAAAGACUGGCUUAGGAUAUGUUUGCCUUCAGGUCAACCAGGCAACAUUUUAUCACAGUGGUUUAGUACGGACACCUACAAUUGCACCACCUCUCAGAAUGUACGGAUCACCACCUCCAAGCCAUCUAGAUCUGACAAUAUACAAGUCUGAAGGAGAAGCACUAGUGAACCAUUCUGCUGCAGGAGGAGACAUGCUUACAAUGGCCAUCAAGAUACAGCUUGAUGACAGCAUUCUCAAUCUUAAGACAUUCCGAGUAGCAGCAGGUCUUCGUGGGGCCACAUUAAGGCACCGAAUGUGUGCUAGUAGUACAAGCUGGUUCACACAGUUUGUGGACUUCUUUGAUGUCAGAGAUUACCCAGUUGCAGGAUAUGAUCCUCCUGGAGUUAUAACUGAGUUGCACAUGCAUCUCUGGGACUGUGCAGUUGAUUACAGACCACUGUAUCUACCACUUAAGUCAAUGAUCACAGUUGGUAGCUUCAGCAUUUCAAGCAACAUAGCAGCUCAGACUAGCACAUCAACCUUACGUUUCAUUGCUGAAGAUUCAGCACUUUAUAUAUCUAAUAAGACCAGUUUGAAUCAGCAGCAGCAAAAUAGUCCAGUGGAUUUGCGUAAUGAUUAUGUCUGUGUCCUUGAUAUGGGACUAUUUGAAUUGUCUUUGCGCCUGAGUGACAAAGGAUCAGGUGGUCCUCGUAUCGAUCUCCGUGCUUCCAACAAUAUGCUACACAUACACACAUGUGCUGAUACAGCCAAGGCAUUGGCUGAGCUGCUUACAUACUUUGCAUCAGAUGGUGAUCUGAGACCAGUUGGAACUGAAACUGAUGUAGAGACUGGUCCUGAAAGCAUCAUUGUGCAGAAUCAUAGUAAUGCUGAUCAAGUACUAAUAAACACUGGAGAUUUAACAACUACGAGGCAAGAACCUGGAUCAGACACCUUGUCUAAAUCACAAGUGGCUCAUGUGCAUAACAUGAUGGAAGAAGCAAUGAGGGAAACACUGUCUCCUGAUACUGGGCUUAAGUCAAGAUCACCACGUUCUCAGAGAAACAAAAAAGAUGUGGAGGUCUUUUUUUUCCCUGAUGAGAAUCAACCAAUUCCCAUAAAGCCCUCGGGUGAUUCAGAACUAUCUCAAGAGGAAGAUGACAACUGGGAGGAUGAAUUCUGUAUUCUGGAUAAAGAGGCUGGAUCAGGAUUCCUGCCUCGUAAUGGUUUGCCAGAAGUAAGAAUGCUGAUACAAGAACCAGUGAGAAUAAUAGACAACCAUUUCUCUGUUCCACUGGGAAAAACUGAUCUCCUGAAAGCACCAAAACAUUUUCCUGCUGCUGUUCUUCGCUAUACACUAAGAGAAAUGAGUGUUGUAUGGCAUAUGUAUGGUGGACAAGAUUUUGCAGUGCCUGAUUCUUCACAAACCAUUAAGAAGCAAGUCAAGAUAGAUGAACAUUACAGGGUAGAAUGCAAAAGUUGCCCAUCCUCACCUCCUUUCACCACUCAUCACGUAGUUAGAUCCCCAAGUGAAAUUCGACUGGGAGUCACAGGUAGUGGUGUUUCUUUCUCAAAAGCCAGUCCUACAGAAGUGAAGUUCAUCAGUAAAACUCCAGUUCUUGGUAGCCCUAAAUCUAGUCCACAUAUGACCUGGCAGACACGUGGUGGACCAGGUCGUCGCCAUGAUGUCCUGAUGGAGCUCCAGCUAAACAAGGUCCGUUUUCAACAUGAGGUGUAUCCUGAUACAACCACAGAAGCGUCUCGCCAAGUUCUUUUAAUUAAUGAACUGGAAUUAAGAGACCGUCUUGCUUCUUCACAAAUAAACAAGUUUCUCUAUCAAUAUUCUAGUGAAACAAGGCCAAAGCAAUCACAUGCAAACAUGGUUGUUGUGAAAGCAGUUCAUUUACGACCUGAUCCAAAGCUAAAGGUGCAAGAAUGCUGCCUCAAAGUAUCAGUCCUACCUCUGAAGUUGAAUAUUGACCAAGAUUCAUUGGUGUUCCUUUUUAAUUUCUUUACUGAUAUAUCAGGAGGUGUGAAAAUUGAAGAUGAUGGAAGUCAGGGGCAUACACCCAGACACAGCACUCCGACACACCAGGCACCUGUGAUGACUGUGAAUGUUGAAGGUAGCAGUGCUGAGCCAAAGCCAGAGCCUCAGGCCCCACUUAUACAACUUGAAGAUGAACCAGGAAGAUAUCUGUCAGAGAAAGUGGUCUCUGUAAAUCCCAGCUUUGCUAUAGAUGACAGGCCCCCACCUCCACCAAUAUUCUUCCGGAGUUUUACAUUCACACCAGAAGUCCCCAUUCGUCUUGAUUAUCAUGGGAAACAUGUUGACAUGACACAUGGCCCUCUUGCGGGACUUCUGAUGGGAUUAGGCCAGCUUAAUUCUUCAGAACUGCGAUUGAAGAGGAUAUCUUACAGACAUGGACUGCUUGGAUUUGACAAGCUGCUGGCAUUUGUUUUAUCAGAAUGGUUGCAAGACAUAAAGAAGAACCAGCUUCCAAGUUUGUUAGGUGGUGUUGGACCAAUGCAUGCUCUUGUUCAGCUAUUUCAAGGGAUAAGAGAUCUGUUUUGGUUGCCAAUUGAACAAUACCAAAAAGAUGGUAGAAUUGUUCGAGGUUUACAGCGGGGAGCAAAUUCCUUUACGACUUCUACAGCAAUGGCAGCACUUGAAUUAACAAAUAGGAUUGUUCAGGCAAUUCAGAGCACUGCAGAAAUGGCUUAUGACAUGCUUUCACCAGGACCAAGUGUUCGACGACGUCACAAGGGUACUAAAGGAAAGCGAAAAAGAUACAGUCAACCUGCAGACAUUAGAGAAGGGAUGGCAAAUGCUAUAGUGCUUGUUAGAGAGGGAUUAGGUGAGACUGCUCAAAAUAUUGUAAGAGUUGCUAGUGAAGAACAUGAACAAAAGGGUAUGUCAGGAGCUGUAGGUGGUGUACUACGGCAGAUUCCUCCAACUGUUGUUAAACCCAUCAUUUUGGUUACUGAAGCAACAGCAAAUGUUUUGGGUGGAAUGCGAAGUCAGCUAGCACCUGAUGCACGCAAGGAGGCUGUUGAAAAAUGGCGAAGUGAUGACUAAGUUUAAGGCUGAGAGCACUGUGGACAUCAUCCAUGCUGGAUCUACCAUAGCAGUGUCUUCUUUGUAUGACUGAUCAUAUAUUUAAGAUAUGUGCAUUAUUUUUAUAAAAAUCUUUCAUUUGUGUAUAAUGAUUUCUUACAUAAAGUUUGUACAAUAAUAAAAACUGAAAAAUUGGA